GAAGCGGAGGAACUCCUGUGUUGUUUUCUUAGCUUAGUCGAGCUAACUAGCUACUCAAGACAAACCGUGUAACGAGAGCUUCAUAUAAAAUCAGUUACAGUUCAAAAUUGCCUCAGAUUUACAGUUUAUGUCGCGUCUAUUUAUUUCAACGUGAAUGUUUUUAUUCGAUGGGAGUUUUGUUCAGGCGUUGGGUGCAUGCUAGAGAACGUGAGCGCUCUCUCGGCUAAAUAAGGUAAAUAACGUUGAGAUGUCUGCUGCAACGUGAAGCUGCAGACUGACGGUCCUGUUCUUGGCUUUUACAUCUCCGUCGUCGUUUCAAUGGGGAAAAGGAAAGACAUGAUUCACCCCAGGUUUCUUGGUGAAGGCGGCUCAAGCCUGCACAGCGUUCACAAACGGAAACACAAGAAGCACAAGAAGCACAAGAGGAAGCACCACAGCUUCCCCGAGCUCCCGGAGCCCGUCGUGGUUCCUCGUCCUCCUCCACAGCUCCGCCUCAAGAUCAAACUGGGAGGCCAGACGCUGGGGACCAAGAGCGUUCCCACCUUCACCGUGCAUCCCGGUGUGGCUUGUCCGCCCUCUCCCUUGAUGAUUAUUAAUAAUGUCGAUGAUGAGGACGACGAUGACGAUGACGACGAUGAAGAUGAUGAUGAGCCCUCUGUGCCUUUGGAGCAGUAUCGGGCCUGGCUGGAUGAAGACAGUAACCUGGCCACAUCCCCUAUGCCAGACAUAGACUCAGACUGCAUGCUGGGGGUUCCUAAGGACGAGGAGGAGCGGUGGCUGGACGCUCUGGAGAAGGGAGAGCUCGACGACAACGGGGAGCUGAAGAAGGAGUUGGACGAGUCUCUGCUCACGGCCAGACAGAAAGCCCUGCUACACAAGCAGCAGAGCCAGCCUCUCCUGGAGCUGCCCAUGGGCUACAAGGAGAAAGAGAUGACCGCAGAGAUGAUGCAGAAGCGGGAGGAACGAGCCCGGAAGAGACGCCUGCAGGCGGCCAAGAAGGCGGAAGACAGCAAGAACCAGACGAUAGAGAGACUGACGAAAACCAGCAAGGCCAAGAUCAAAAGCAUGCGAGAGAGGAAGUCCAAGCUGAAUCAGUGUCCCAUGAUCCGGUACAGCGACUGCGUCCAGGGCAUUGCCGUCUCCUUCCCCUCGGGGGUCCCCCCGCCGGCACCAACGGCUCCCCGUCCUCCACCGGCAGCCCCGGUGAACUGCGGGGUCAGCGGCUGCACCAACCUCAAGAAGUACUGCUGCUCAAAGACCGGGGUUCCUCUCUGCAGCCUCCAGUGUUACAAGAGGAACCUGCUGCUCGAACUUUAAAGGGACGAAUAAAUUACAAAUGGACGCAAAUGUAGUUUUGUUACUGCGCCGAGCUGUGAUGAAGGUGGGUACCGUCCACGUGGUCGUAUUGAUAAAAUGUACACUGUACAGAUGUGUGUAAUUUGGACUUUACAUUGUCAUAUUCAUAAUAAUGGUUUUGCAAGCAGAGACGCUGGCUCCACAAUUUAAUUAUGUACAUUAUUAAAUGUUCAGAACUAGAAACCUUAGUAGACAUAAAAUUAACAUUUUUGUUAAGUUGGGAGAAAGAGUACCAUUAUUUCCACUUCCUUGGUUUAUUUAUCAUUUUGUCAAUAAUGUAAAAUUAUGUUUAGAGAUGUGUGAAGGUUGUUACAGAAUAAAAGAGAAACUG